GCUGAGGAGCCUGCCAGUGAACCCAGCAGGCUGAAGGAGAAAGUGAAAGUGGAAUGUGAGCAACGUGCCUCUGAUCUGGCGGUGGAGUCGGAGGAUCAGGCCAUCAGUGUGUCAGAUGAGGAGCCGAAUGAUUGGAACAUGUGUUCUGAAGCUCCCCGUCCCGGGCCAAUGAGACCGACAAAGCCGGAGGCUGAAGUGCCGGCGCUUUUUGGGGUGGCGAGGGCGAACAGAAAGAAGCCCUAUCUGGAUCAUCAUUGGCUCGGCCCUCAACUCAUUGCUUUCAGAUCCAAUUCAGGUGACUUGUUGGAGAAGCCCCUGGUUAUCUCCAGUUUGGGGAAGGGGCAAAACCGGAUAGUGUAUUCGGUUUCGGGCGACGUGGUCAUGAAACUCACCACGGACCUGGCUGCGCAUGGCAACGAGCACGCGCUCUCCAUUAUGUUCAAGGAAAUGGCGGCCCAGGUCUAA